AUGCAGUCCCCAGCUGCCUGUGCUGGUGGCCUCCGUGAUCUCCUCUUUGGAGUGGCCUACACAUUCCCCACCUUCAAGUUCCAGUCUUGCUGUGAGAGCAUUGACUGGAGGCACAUUAAUGCCCUGAACUUGUACUAUGUGGCCCCGGAGGUGGACGUGGCUGCCCUGCAAGAGAACAUCACCGGUGUCACCUUCUGCAACAUGGAGCAGGAAGCCUGCAGCUGCUGUAGGCAGCCUGUGGACCUGGUGCUCCUCAAGGUGCUGCGUCUGGCUCAGCUCAGCAUUAAAUACCUACUGCACUGCCAGGAGGGCCUGAGUGCCGGCAUUGCCCAGCUCGAGGCAUGGCUGCAGGCCAGCCUGCACCAGCAGCAGCAAAGCCAGGUGGAGCUGGGAUGCCAGGCUGAUGAGCUUAAGGUCAGGUGGGAGGAGAGCCACUGGCAUCGUAAGAUGAUCAGCACCAUAGAGAAGAUAACCUCAGAUUCUCCACCCAGCUUUGGAAGCUGCCCUGACGAGUUAACCAGAAUCCAGACCUUGGCCCUCAGGAAGGUGGAGGGGAUCCAUGAGGCACCGAAGGCUGCGGACACAGAGGAGGACUCUCCUGAGGAAGAGCUUGAGGACUCCCGAGAUGAGCUGUGGGAGGUGCUGGCCACUCUGAGGCGAAAUCCCGCCCUGUUGAAGCAGUUCAGGCCAGUCCUGGAGGACACCCUGGAAGAGAAACUGGAAAGCAUGGGGAUAAAGAAGGAUGCAAAGGGAAUCUCGAUUCAGACGUGCAGACACCUGAAGUCCCUGCUGAGAAUCCAGCGGGAGCAGAAGGCUCGGAGGUUUUCCCAAUUUCUGAGUCUGAGGGAAAAGCUCAUUGAGGAAGCCACCAAGAGAGUGAAGGAGAGACAGGAGAAUGGGGCCGUGGUGUCCCAGCCAGCCAGCCAGCCCCCAGGUGGAAAGUAUGUGGAAGGCAUUGUCCUGCACCUGUAUGGCCUGCUCUGCUUCUGUUUUCAUUCCAGUUGCUGUUACAGAAGUUACAAGCCUGUCUUCCUGCUGGAGGUAAAGGUGCAGGCUCAACAUUUAGCAUAA